UGUGUGUGAGUGGGGCUUCCGUGUCGCAAGCGGAAAACAAACGGAAUUGAGUUUUGUGUUUGAGUCAUAUUCCAGUGACAAACAAUGCGCGACAUGCGUUGUCAGUUGAAUUACUGUUUAAUUUGAUUACCGGUCAUCAUCACCGGGACAACUUCCAAUCACUGAUCGCAUAUGUAUCUGUGUGGGGGCCACAAAUAUAGACAUGGCGUAAUGGAGAUGCUGCUGUGAGCUAAUUAAUUAAUUGCUCAUACUUGACCUGGACACUAAGCAGACGCUGUUGAAAUCGACAAUAUGUGAACGCCCAGAUGAAAUAGGCGAAAAUACAUAGUUUUGGUUUGGUGUACGUUACGUGAGCGCCCCGUUUUGAUUGUGUUGGUAGGGAGCAUUCCCGUGCGCGAAUCAGGUUUUGCUCGCUCCUCGUCGGUGCAGCUGCAUUCUUUCUCGCUUCCACUUCCACCCCCGGUCCCGGCCCCUGGAAACACCAGUACCUAGUACCUGUGCGUUAGUUAGGUGCGAGCGAGAGGCCAACAGCCAGAGCGGCACUUGCCACGCUUGACUUGCAGCAGGUCUGCAGGGGAAGGCGACGCGGAAAUGCCACAAGGAGCUACGUCCAUAGCCGCCGAUAGUCACCAGUUCCAGUCCCGAUAAGGCGACGACAGACUGGAAUACACAGCUAGCUAGCUGGAAAAGCAGAUAGCAGCGACGGAGGGAGAGUGGAAUUAUUUAUUAUUCAAAUUCUGAAUGGAAUGACGAUGUGAUGGGCUCGUGCUCGUGUACGCGGCGACACUUUUUGCUGUCAAUAUGCUUCCUGCAAGUGAUAACGAUUAUCGAGCGCCAGGUAUUCGACUUCCUCGGAUACAUGUGGGCGCCCAUCCUGGUGAACUUUUUCGACAUUCUGUUUAUCAUAUUCGGGUUCUACGGCGCUUACCACUUUCGCGUUAAAUACAUCAUCACCUAUCUAAUAUGGAACUUCCUGUGGAUCGGCUGGAACGCCUUCCUCAUUUGCUUCUACUUGAAUGUGGGGCAGCUGGACAGGAACAGUGACCUGCUCAACCUGGGCACAGGAAGCGUCUCCUGGUUCGAGGCGAAUGGAUACGGCUGCAAGCCCACAUACAGCAUGACCGCAGAUGAUCCGCUUCAGCCCCAGAGGCCGGAGCACGUGGAGGGCUGCCUGCUGGACUACCCGCUGGUGGAGAUCACCCACUCGGGGGUGCAAUGCGCGUUGGCGCUGCUCGGCAUACUCGGUGCGAUUCUGAUCAGUUGCAUAUUUCUCGAUGAGGACGACAGAUUCGAUUUCAUGAACGGCGACGCGAAGAGUCCACAGCACACCGUGGUGCAUCCAAUGUACGUGAGCUAUACAAGUAUACCCACAACUUCCGCAAGCGCCACCAUGCAAUCAAACAAGCAUCUGCAACUGCAGCAGCCGCAGCAGAACUCACUGAAACUCUAUCAUCAUCAGCAACAACAGCAACCCAAACUACACCACUUCAACAAGAACAACCAGUUGAGCGGCAGCAACAAUAAUACACUGAACAAUAAUCUCCACCAGCGUGCGCCUUCGCUGCUGCUGCCGACAAACACGACAAAUAACCACAGCGCAUCAUUCCAACCCCACAACCACAACCUCAACCACAGUCACCAACCUUCGACCAACCAUUUAACCCACGACGGGAGCAACUGCAGCAGCCUGCGGCGCCACCGGCACGGGCACGGUCACCAGCAUUCUAAAACCCCGGUCAGCCCCUGUCCCAUGUCGCCCCAGACCACGCCCUCGCUGUCGUACGCCUCAUUGCAAAACUCCAAUCCGUACUUGGCCGGCAACUCGCUGAGCAAUAGCAACUACAGUAUCUUCCAGAGCCCCGACUCGCUCCAGGGCAGCUCACACUUUGCCCGCAUCCACCACAAGCCCAAGCCGCCCAAGUCUGGCGUUCCUGCAUCGGGAGCAGCAGUAGAUUUGGCUCUGACCUCGCCUGUCCGUCCGCUCGAGCGCCUGUCGCGCAGCCUCGAGGAGGACGAGGAGGACAUCUUUUCCCUGCAGCAGUUUGCUCCGGGCGAACAUGGCGUAACAUACGUUCCCUUCCAGAGUCCCACUCCGAACAGCCUCUUCCUGGGCGACAACAACAAUGUCUUCCAAGCUAACUCUCGCUCUAGUCCGAAUAACAAUGCUUAUCCCUACGACCACAAUGGUCUGCCCUCUCCUCCGAUUCGUCUGGCCCGGCGACCCACGCACAUUCCCCUGCCCACGGUGCCCAUGCAUAGCUGUUUGGAUAUGCAGUUUGACGAGGAAGCGGAUGCGGAUGGCGAGUCCGAGCUAGAUCACGAUCACGAUCAAAUGCUGACGCCCCCGCCUCCGCCGGUGGUGGCACGGCCUCAAAUCCAUCAGCGCUUGGGCCAGGCGCCCUACCUCGAUCUCUCGCCAGAGGUGGUGGAGCGCUAUGCAAUGCCCAGCAAGCUGGGCCAGCCUGGGCCACCCCUUCCGCAUCCCCUUCCCGUUCCCCAUGGCUCGCCCAUGGUCCGUCGCAGUAAUCGCCGGCCCAGGCCACCGAUUCCCGUGAACUUCUGCGACCAGAUUCGUGCUCCUCCGCCCGGAUAUGUGGUGCGCGCCCAGAGCGACGAUCGUCUGGUGGAGCAGCACCAGCAGCAGCUGGCGGAAGCUGAGGCUGCUCCGCACGUGAACCGCCGUAGUGGUCGCAGUGCCAACGGCCAAAAGUCCCGUCCCCGCUCAUUCUGCAACUCGAUUGUGGGCGUGCAGGCCUAGAGCAAAACCCAGACCCCAAGACUUAAGUACGUCCCGCUGCACUUGCUCAUCCGCUCUCUUCCUUACUGAAGCUCUCUGCCUGUUACUAACUCUACCAGGAUCACUCGAUCACACAACCCUACAUACAUACAUACCUAUACACACACACACACAGGUGUUGCUGUUUCUUUGUUGUGCCUAACCAGUCGGCUAGCUAUAGGGCCUAAGCCUAGCUAACCAUGUGAGCGUUUAACUAUUCGGAUGAUGCCUUGCAGAGCUGACUUUAAUUAUGUAUACACUAAGUAAUCAUUCACAUACAUAAGUGCAAACAGUAGACUUUCCCAGAAUUGUGAUAGAAGGCGUGAAAAGGAAAGUCGCGACAGAAUGCAAAGCCUAACAAUUUUAUGUUGAUCUGUGAUAAACGAAAACAAAAACAUAAACAUGAACGACAAAAAACAAAACGAUUAUUUAACAAAAAAAAAACGAA